AGGAGGAGCAGAAGCGGCAGCAGGAGGAGGAGGACCACGAAGGCUGCCGCCUGCCCCGCUGCCUGCCGGGGCCGGGCUCGCAGGGCGCCGCGUCCCGCCCCCGCCCCGCCCCCUCUGCCUCCGGCGUGGGGAGCCAGGCUGAGGCGGAGAGGGGCGGCGGAGAGGCUGGCGGCUGGGCUCGGUUUCCUGCUCAGUGGGCGUCAGCCGGGCCCCGGCGGGCCCCGCCCCCGCCGCCACUCGCCCUCCCUCCGCCUCGCAGCCUGGCCGGCCCGGAGCUGUCACUCAAGACGGCGGGCUGAGGCCGGCGGCGGCGGCGGGCGGAGAGAGAGUCAGCUACGCCACAGCCCAGCGGCGGCCAUUCGUGGAAAAAUAGGCCGUCCCGCUCCUCCCAGCUCGGGCUGCGACCGGCCUUCUCCCCGCUACCCCCACCCCACCCUCCGCCUCCUCCUCCUCCUUCUCCUCCCCCCUAGAGCGGCGCCUCAGCGGGGCAUUAAUGCGGGAUGAGCGAUCAAAAGAAGGAGGAAACUAUGCCCACAGAGGGAGAAAAAUCUCCCGAGGCAGAGAAUAACAACAAUAAUAAUAAAAAAGGGAAAACUGGAGGCUCACAGGAUUCUCAGCCUUCACCUCUUGCUUUGCUAGCAGCCACUUGCAGCAAAAUAGGAACUCCUGGUGAGAAUCAAGGAACUGGCCAGCAGCAGAUUAUUAUAGAUCCAAAUCAAGGUUUAGUGCAGCUUCAGAAUCAGCCACAACAGUUAGAAUUGGUAACAACUCAGCUUGCUGGCAAUGCUUGGCAGCUUGUUGCCACUGCUCCUUCUGCUUCAAAAGAGAAUAAUGUUGCUCAACAAGGAUCUUCUGGUGCUUCGAAUGCAGCGAGUCCCACCAACAGUAAUAAUGGAAGUACAUCUCCUUCGAAAACCAAAUCAGGCAAUUCUUCUUCAACAACCCCUGGACAAUUCCAAGUCAUUCAAGUACAGAAUCCAAGUGGCAGUGUCCAAUACCAAGUGAUCCCACAGAUUCAGACAACGGAAGGUCAGCAGCUGCAAAUCAAUCCAUCUAAUGCUACUGGUUUACAGGACAUACAGGGUCAAAUUCAGCUUAUUCCUGCAGGGAAUAAUCAAGCUAUCCUCACAACUGCAAAUAGGACCACUUCGGGGAACGUUAUUGCUCAAAAUCUAGCAAAUCAGACAGUUCCAGUCCAGAUCAGGCCUGGCGUUUCCAUACCACUGCAACUGCAAACUAUUCCGGGUACGCAGGCACAAGUUGUUACUACAUUACCUAUAAACAUUGGUGGGGUAACCCUAGCAUUGCCUGUGAUAAACAGUGUAGCAGCUGGAGGAAGUUCAGGUCAAGUUGGCCAAUCUACUGAGAGUGGAGUUUCCAAUGGAAAUCAGCUAGCAUCUACGCCUGCCACUUCUGCCUCUGCUACUACAAUGCCAGAGUCUCCUUCUUCAUCUUCCACCCCUACGACCACUGCCUCUACGUCUCUAACUAGCAGUGACACACUGGUAAGCUCUGCAGAAACAGGCCAAUACACGAGUACAGCAGGCAGCAGCUCAGAGCAAACGACUGAAGAACCUCAAACAACUGCUACAGACUCCGAAGCGCAAAGCUCCAGUCAGCUUCAGUCCAAUGGACUACAGAAUGUUCAGGAUCAGCCAGGUUCCCUUCAACAGGUCCAAAUUGUAGGUCAACCGAUUCUGCAGCAGAUACAGAUCCAGCAACCUCAACAGCAGAUUAUUCAGGCCAUUCCUCCACAGUCAUUUCAGCUCCAGUCAGGGCAGACUAUACAGACCAUCCAGCAGCAGCCUUUGCAGAACGUUCAGCUGCAGGCAGUGAGUCCAACUCAGGUGCUCAUCAGGGCUCCAACUUUAACACCAUCAGGGCAGAUCAGCUGGCAAACUGUACAGGUUCAGAAUCUGCAAAGCCUUUCAAAUCUUCAAGUUCAAAAUGCUGGGUUACCCCAACAGCUAACCAUUACCCCUGUAUCUUCAAGUGGUGGCACAACUAUUGCGCAGAUUGCACCAGUGGCUGUUGCUGGUACCCCCAUCACUCUGAAUGCCGCCCAGCUUGCUUCAGUACCUAAUCUUCAAACAGUAAGCGUUGCCAACCUGAGUGCUGCAGGCGUGCAAGUUCAAGGAGUUCCUGUUACCAUUACCAGCGUUGCAGGUCAACAGCAAGGACAGGAUGGAGUAAAAGUACAGCAAGCCACAAUAGCUCCGGUUACUGUAGCAGUAGGUGGCAUUGCUAAUGCAGCAAUUGGUGCUGUUAGUCCUGAUCAGAUAACACAAGUGCAGCUGCAACAAGCUCAACAAGCCUCUGAUCAGGAAGUGCAACCUGGCAAGAGGUUGAGAAGAGUUGCCUGCUCAUGUCCUAAUUGCAGAGAAGGAGAAGGAAGAGGCACCAAUGAGCCAGGAAAAAAGAAACAACACAUCUGCCAUAUUGAAGGAUGUGGAAAAGUGUAUGGCAAGACAUCUCAUCUCCGAGCACAUCUGCGCUGGCAUACCGGUGAAAGACCAUUUGUAUGCAACUGGAUUUUUUGUGGCAAGCGAUUUACCAGGAGUGAUGAGUUACAAAGGCACAGAAGAACCCACACAGGUGAAAAGAGAUUUGAGUGCCCAGAAUGUUCUAAAAGGUUCAUGCGAAGUGACCAUCUCUCAAAACAUGUCAAAACUCACCAGAACAAGAAGGGUGGUGGAACAGCCCUUGCUAUUGUUACCUCAGAACUGGACUCUUCAGUUACUGAGGUUCUUGGUUCUCCAAGAAUUGUCACUGUUGCUGCCAUUUCUCAAGAUUCAAACCCAGCAACCCCUAACGUUUCAACAAAUAUGGAAGAAUUCUGAAAGGAUCAUUUGUAUGGACGCCUAGUGCUGCACUUAAGUUUACAUACCUUUCAGGAUAUGGAAACGGGCUGGUAAAGUGGAUUACAGAGCAGGAAAAACAUGUUUUCAGUCUCCAUGACUUCUCUAAGUGUUCCAGGUUGGAGGGUCAGCACGGGAAGUGUACACCGGUGCAACAAGACAAAAACUCUCAAAAAUACAAGCCGCGCAAAUUGAUGUACUGGAUAAGCAGCUGGGGGAAUGUUAUUUCCAUACUGUACUUUUUUAGUUGUACGUCUGUAUAUCAUUUAAUGGUUUUAAAUGAACUCCCCCCACCCACCCCCUAUUUUAGCAUUGUGUGUUGAUGUGUUUAUAAAAGCAGAUAAUACCAGUGUAAACCAGGGUGGGCGUUGACUAGGGUUAAUAUCAUUUGAUGAAGGUACUGUGUUUCUAAAACAAAUUUGUGAUAUUUUCAUGAGAACACCUUUUCCCUCACAAGGAAACUGAACACAGACUGAGCGACAGUAGGAAUAUUUUAGGGUUUUGCUCAGUCCACAGAACAUGGCAGUUGAUUUUUGGCCAUCUUUUCUCAAUUUUGGAAUGGCUCAAACAGCAGCUGGAUGACGAUGCACGCCGCAAAGUCGGUUCUGAGGUGAACCUCAGAUGAAUUUUGGCCACUACAUUAUAGUAGUGUGUAUAAAUGACAAUCAGUGAGUUCUAAUUCCUCUCUUUGUUUGGAGAGCUAAGGUUAUGUAGAAUUAGUGUAUGCAGUAGGAAGGAUAUUACACAUAAGAUUCUACAAAAGCAAUGGUGUCUGUGUAUAGGAAGAAAAAUGAAUAUGGCAACUUUUGUCUCAUUUUUUUGGUAUUUAAUUUAAGUAUGUUUUCAAACAUCCCAGGUCCAUUUCUAACUCAUAGCUUACAUGAACUGUAACUCAAUUUUAAGUAUUUAAAUGGCUUAUUUUUGUUAGAAUUCAUGGAAAUUAAUCAGACAAGUGAGUGGUGUAGCUCAUUCUCCAGCAUCUUUUCUCUGUAAAUACUAGUUUAUUUAAUUGUGGUUAAUGUGCUGAGUUCUUUAUGCUUUGACUUAAUAGCCAAAGAAAAGAAUUAGUUAUCACAUUUUAACAAGCAAACAAACAAAAA